CGUCGCAGUUCGAGUUUACAGUUCGUGCGCGCUUGUCGUCGGUCGUUGUCGUUUCAGUCGGUGUGUGCGCUCGCGUCCGCUCGAACAAACCAGCCAUCCGCACCGCACUCUUGCGUCUUGCGCGCGCCGUCGCGCCCCGAUCCAGCGCACUAUCCGCACGAGGAGUGUGUGCCUGCGGUGUCUAUCCGUCGGCCGCGAGGAGACGUUAUCAACAGCCCGUGGUGUGCGCGCCAGUUUGUGAGUGCGUUCGGCAGCGGCAGCAGGAAGCGCGCUCGUGCAAUGGCGGAGAACGCCGCAGUGGCGAACGCGAACCCCAAUGUCGAGAUCAUCCGCGGCCAGGCGUUCGAGGUGGGUCCUCGCUACACCAACUUGUUCUACAUCGGCGAGGGCGCCUACGGGAUGGUCGUGGCUGCGUACGAUACGGUAACGAAAACAAAGGUCGCCAUCAAGAAGAUUUCUCCCUUCGAACAUCAAACCUACAGCCAGCGCACACUACGAGAAAUCAAAAUACUCACGAGAUUCAGGCAUGAAAAUAUAAUCGAUAUCAGGGACAUUCUGCGUGCCGUCACGAUAGAAGAAAUGAAAGACGUCUACAUUGUCCAGUGGCUGAUGGAGACGGACCUUUACAAACUAUUAAAGUCGCAGAGGCUGAGUAAUGAUCACGUCUGUUAUUUUCUGUAUCAAAUACUGCGAGGUCUCAAGUAUAUUCAUUCGGCGAACGUGCUGCACAGGGACUUGAAGCCGAGCAAUUUGCUGUUAAAUACGACCUGCGAUCUUAAGAUAUGUGAUUUUGGUUUGGCUAGAGUGGCCGAUCCCGAACACGAUCACACCGGCUUCCUUACAGAGUACGUCGCGACGCGAUGGUACAGAGCGCCCGAAAUUAUGCUCAACUCAAAAGGCUAUACGAAAUCCAUAGACAUUUGGUCCGUGGGUUGCAUACUGGCGGAGAUGUUAUCGAAUCGGCCGAUAUUUCCCGGCAAACAUUAUCUGGACCAAUUGAAUCACAUUCUCGGUGUGCUCGGCUCGCCGUCCCAGGAGGAUCUCGAUUGCAUUAUUAACGAGAAAGCCCGCGGCUACCUUCAAUCGUUACCAUUUAAACCGAAAGUACCCUGGGUGAAGCUGUUCCCGAACGCCGACCCGAAGGCGCUCGAUUUGCUCGACAAAAUGCUUACGUUCAAUCCGCACAAUCGCAUUGUCGUCGAGGACGCUCUGGCGCAUCCUUAUUUGGAAACCUAUUACGACCCAGCGGACGAGCCCGUGGCAGAAGAACCGUUCCGUUUCGAUACCGAACUGGACGAUCUACCCAAAGAGAAACUCAAGCAGAUGAUAUUCGAGGAGACGUUACGCUUCAAGCAGCGACAUACUGAACCACCACCGCAAUCGCAACAACACCCGCAGAUGCAGCAACAGUUUAGCGCGGUGACGACGUAGUCGCGAUCGUCCGCGAACUGAAAAAAAAAACAACCACACCGAAUGAACAACAUGCAAAAAGAGAAAACCCAAGAAAAACAAAUGCAACCAACAAUUGAAUGCAAACAAAAAUCGCCUACAAAGUUAUGAUUAUUUUUUUUACUGUAAGAUUUAACAACAUGUUAAGAUACGAUGAAAGGGAAGGCACGAGGUGAAGAAGACACUUAGCGCAAUGCAUACAUCUGCGAUAAGCUAUAUAGAUUAUAUUUGAAAUUUUCAAUUCAGAAAUUGAAUUAUUUAAAGGACUUUUGCGAUAACGUGAAAUCACUGUGUUUUUUGGUCGAAUUCAUUCAGUCACACUUUCAGUAUUGGAUGUUUUUACGCGUUAUUAACUAGUAAAUUAAUUAUAAACAGAAAAUUUAAAGUCACGCAGGCGUCGGAGACGAGUGGCACGUUUUGCAAAUGGCGUCAGAUAAAUUUAAAGUAAAGAAUGCAUAUAAAAUGAUGUGAAAGUUCGAUAAAAUUAUUUGUAUCAUUUAAAAAGAAAAGAAACAAAACGUUUGAAGUAUUUUUUGUUUUAUUUACGUCCUUUCGGUUAUGAUUUCUGUAUUUAAUGUCAUAGCAUGUUUCAUAUCUCACUCAACUUGUACUUAAAGGUGAAAACUAGCGCUACUAAUGUUUUCAUUGUUUACCACGUAACUUACUCGCUCUAUACGAAUCAAAGAUUGUUCUCAUCGUGUGUACAAUUAUUACAAACUACUAUUCCAAUUUGUUGUUAUUGCAGUUAGAAACUAUUCAACAAAAAUCACGCACACAUGUUACCGAUACUUACGAUUAAGAGAAAAUAUUAUGAAGCAAAUGGACAAAGUGUAUACCACACAUUAGUACGUUUGGAGACUAUUUUUGAAACAUAACGAUUGUAAAAUAUUGAUGAACGAGAUGAUGCGGUAUCGGUGAAAGAUGAGUUCUGUUUCCGUUCGCAUUACUAAGUACUGGUUGCAUAUCAUUGUCAAAGUAAACAUUGUUUUAGUCAUAACAUUGUGAUAGCCGGCAACCGUAAGCAAAACAAAAACCAUGAAUCGAUCAAAUCUCAAUUUGCGUAUUCACGUCGUACAAGUUUGUAUCAACACGCAAACCUCAUUAACGAAUAAGACAUCAUUGUUGCAUCGUUUUUCAAAUUCUCGAUGUUUUUAUGUCACCAUUUACUACUACACUCACUAAAAACACACACACCUAAAUGAGAUGACUUAAAAGUGUAAUUAAACAAACAUGAAAACUUCUUUCUGGUGAAGAAGAAGAAGCAAAACCACAUGAAACUUGAAUUAAACGUAACCUAGCGUACUAAUAAUUGAAAAAGAACAAACAAAUGGCCUAAUAAUAUAUCUUUUCUUGUUAACUACUGAAUGUUGUUAUAUUAUACAUACAUUAUUAACAUUAUAUCGACGGUGAUGAUGAUGAUGAUGGUUCGUAAACUCAUUCAUUAAUUGUUCAUUUUAAUGAGGAUACUGUUUGUUAUUGUAUAUCUGUAGAGUAGUUAUUUUCGACUUGAUGAAUCAUACAUUAUAGCAGUAAGUGCGCUCAUUUUCAAGCACCGAAAAUACCACACGCUUGGUGUGAAAAUGCGCGCACUUAUUCAUUGAAAUGUUGAUGAUUAUAUAAAUGUCUUUAUGAUUAUAACUUGUGUGCUCCACACACACAAAUGUAUAUGCCGGAACUGGAAAAGACAAAUGACGAGUAAAUAACUUCCAUGCGCAUAAUGAAAAGAAAAAGAGAUUUUAAACGACGAGCUGCUUCGAUUUUCAUAACACAUUUACUGGCAAUAUUUAUCCAGAUCCUGCAAGGUGAAGCAAAUGAAACGGAAAAGUCAAAUUUAUAUUAGUUCCACUUUGAAGUGUGAUAAUAAUUAAUAAUAACGAGAACGUUUGUCGAACAUGUCUGUCGUAGAAAAUGGUGUGUGCAAGUAGAUGAAUUUGUUUCGUAAUCUGAAAUCAUAACAUUGGAAGAUUUUGGCGGUCAUGUUCGCGAAUGCAUCCUCAAUGAUGAAUAUAUCACUGAUUGUCAUUAAUAUUAUUGUAGUUUCUGAUAUAUAAUUAAUGAAUAUAGGUGUACAAAAAUAAAAUAAAUAUUCCAGCAUAAA